AUGCAGGUGGACUACAACUCCCAGCCACCGGAGAUUGACAUCGUGUGGUAUAAUGGCAUCUCCCAGCAGGAUCUCAGCAUUGUCGCGAACACCGGCAAUUACGGAGCUGUUCCGUACCAGACUACAUACACAUUAUACAACCUAGUUCAAGUAUUCUAUUCUGCGAUCCGGUUAGACGUUGGACACUGGACGCCUAACAAUAUCCUUACUAAUUUGACCGCCUUCAACCAGACCCUCGUACCUGCUGGUCCCUUUGUGGAAAGUGCCCUUUCGGAGUCGAACGUGCUUGCAUACACCAACUUAACUUCUCCACCCGCCGCUGAUGUAGCUACACCCCCUGCGGUAAUCCAAAUUCAGUAUACAUGCAAUAUUCAAAAGUACAAGACCCUGGGCAGUCUAUUUAUGAGCGUCGCCGCAGCAACGUUGUCCAUGUUUUUGUAA